AUGAGCAAGUCUGCACCCCCUACGUCGGCGAUCGACUCGGUCCUGGUCGCCUCCCACCCCGUUCCACAAGAUGCGCAGGUCGUCCGUGGUGUGGACUUUGAUCAAUAUCAGGGUCGCGACAUCACAGUCGCGGAGAUGAUUGAGAACAUGACACACAUGGGUUUCCAAGGUAGCGCAGUUGCGGAAGCUGCUCAGAUCAUCAAUGAAAUGCGAGCCUUUCGCCAUCCUGAGAGUGGAGAGAAGACCACGAUAUUCCUCGGAUUUACCUCCAACCUCAUCUCCUCCGGUCUGCGAGACACUUUGCGAUAUCUUGUCAAGCAUAAACAUGUCUCGGCGAUCGUGACCACAGCUGGCGGCGUCGAGGAAGACUUGAUCAAGUGCCUGGCUCCCACUUAUAUGGGCUCCUUCAGCACACCCGGCGCUGGGCUGCGAGCAAAAGGCCUUAACCGAAUUGGAAACUUAUUAGUACCCAACAACAACUACUGCGCGUUCGAGGAUUGGGUGGUACCGAUUUUGGAUCGGAUGCUGGAGGAACAGGAAGGGGCCAAGAAAAAGGCUCGCGAAACAGGCGACGAGGAGGACGAGCUUCACUGGACACCGAGUCGGAUCACGGAGCGAUUGGGUCAUGAGAUCAACAACGAGAGUUCGGUGCUUUAUUGGGCUGCCAAAAAUGGCAUUCCCGUGUUCUGCCCCGCCCUGACCGACGGAUCUUUGGGCGAUAUGCUGUACUUCCACACCUUCAAGUCUUCUCCGCAGAGGCUGCGCGUGGACAUUGUGGAUGACGUGCGCCGCAUCAAUACCAUGGCUGUUCGGGCGGCUCGUGCGGGAAUGAUUAUUCUGGGAGGAGGUGUGGUCAAACACCACAUCGCGAAUGCAUGCCUGAUGCGCAAUGGAGCGGAGCAUGCUGUGUACGUGAACACAGCUCAGGAAUUUGAUGGCAGUGAUGCUGGCGCUCGACCCGAUGAAGCUGUUAGCUGGGGUAAGAUCAAGGCUGACGCGAGGGCCGUCAAGGUCUAUGCUGAAGCGACUGUGGUCUUCCCACUGAUCGUCGCGGCAUCUUUCGCAAAAUCCGGAACAGCCACGCAGGCACCCGCAGAAAACUAA